ACAAUGUAGACUACGACUCCCACUGUCCUUAGCGCCAGGGUUGGGUUAGUGGGAAAGGAACCGGAAACAGAAUGGGGAGCUGGACCAGGUGACAGUGGCAUGGCCAUAUGCCCCACGCUUUCCUGCUGGGGUCCACCCAUGAGCCUAUAGGUGCCCUGAUGGAGCCCCAGCCCAGCCUUGGAAGCUUGGCUGAGAGCUUCCUGGAGGAGGAGCUUCGGCUCAAUGCUGAGCUGAGUCAACUGCAGUUUUCGGAGCCUGUGGGCAUCAUUUACAAUCCUGUGGAGUAUGCAUGGGAGCCACAUUGCAACUACGUGACUCGCUACUGCCGGGGCCCCAAGGAAGUGCUCUUCCUGGGCAUGAACCCUGGACCUUUUGGCAUGGCCCAGACUGGGGUGCCCUUUGGGGAAGUGAGCAUGGUCCGGAACUGGUUGGGCAUUGGGGGGACUGUGCUGACCCCUCCCCAAGAGCACCCUAAGCGACCAGUGCUGGGACUGGAGUGCCCACAGUCAGAAGUGAGUGGUGCCCGAUUCUGGGGCUUUUUCCAGAACCUCUGUGGACAGCCUGACGUCUUCUUCCAUCACUGCUUUGUCCACAAUCUAUGCCCUCUGCUUUUCCUGGCUCCCAGUGGGCGCAACCUCACCCCUGCUGAGCUGCCUGCCAAGCAGCGAGAACAGCUUCUUGGGAUCUGUGAUGCAGCCCUCUGCAGGCAGGUGCAGCUGCUGGGGGUGCGGCUGGUGGUGGGAGUUGGGCGACUGGCAGAGCAGCGGGCACGACGGGCUCUGGCAGGCCUGAUGCCAGAGGUCCAGGUGGAAGGGCUCCUGCAUCCCUCUCCCCGUAACCCACAGGCCAACAAGGGCUGGGAGGCAGUGGCCAAGGAAAGACUGAAUGAGUUGGGGCUGCUGCCACUGCUGUCGAAAUGAGUGCCCCUGGGACCUGGCAUGGGACACAUUCAAGACCUCGAAGUCAUUCUUGGGCAAGCAGAUGACAACACAUCUCUUGGAUUGGAGCGAAAGGUCCUCCUGUGCUCCCUGGUCGCUGGGAAACGUAUUCUUUGAUAUGUUGAACUGUCUUCCAACCAGCCGUGGCAGUUUUGACACUACUCCGGUUUGCCCUCCUGAUUCCUGCUUUCUUUUUUUUGAGACAGAGUUUUGCUCUGUCACCCAGGCUGGAGUGCAGUGGCUCGAUCUCGGCUUACUGCAA